AUCUGAUAAUAGCUUUGACGAUUUGGACAUAUGCUGUAUUUCAAAUGGCUUCAAAGAAUCACAUUUGAAUGGUAAUAGAAUAACCGCACAGGCACACACUCACAAGGCACAGGACAGAAGUACUUCAUUUGGCUUUAAUGGAACAACAGAACAGUGCGACAGAAGGAUUCCAGAUCGCAGCAAAAGUAACCAAGUAGUAAUGCGCAACUGGAAAGAUGAAGACACUCAUUACAAGAGGGCACCCUCUGCUACUACAUAUGGUGAGAGCUGUUCAACAUCUCAGUUGCCUCAAGAGUUUCUACACAGCAGCUAUUUUAAAAAUGAUACAUCAAAAAAUAUCCAGACACACAAACGCAAAGAGUAUCUCAAUUUGGGAGACAACAAACAAAAUUUUUUAAAGGAUGCUGCACAGAAGUCUUCCCCAUUACGAAAACAGAAGAUUGUAUCUCCAAUGAGUUUUAUCCAUCAAUUACCAUCAGAUAGCAUCAAGCAAGUGGAUAUUCAGACUGAUAAUAACAGUGAUGAAGAAAUAAAUCAGCAUAUAAAAAUACUUAACAGUUUGAGAAACAAAUGUCCCUUAUAGAGCUACUGUGAAAUUACUGGUAUAGAAACUAACACUAAAUCUAUUAUGUUGUCUAAGGCUUUCCUGGUGUAAAAGCACUCAGAAGUCACAGUUGAUGGUUUCUCUUCCAAGCUAAGCAAUACUUUGCAAAUCACAUGCUGUUUACCUUGAGGCAAUAAUGUUGACUAUCUGUUUAUGUUUUGGUGAACUAAUGCCUGACUCCCGGAUAAAAUUGUUCUGUGUUGAAAUGCAAUGAAGAUGGGUCAUAAUGUGGGCUGACAAACCUUGAUUUGUAAAGCAGUGGUUCUUGUGUUUAUCUCGCUCAUUGUCUUCCAUGGACAAUAUGAUUCAUAUCCUGACACAGAUCGCAUGCCCUGCUGGAAUAAUAUUUAGUGCAUCUAUUUAAUUAAAUUAUCAGCUAUAAAUGUAAGGGCAGUUUUUUUUAUAGCAGUAUUACAGAACAAAGAAGCACCAGCAAGGAUUGUGGUGGCGAUGUAAUGUAUCUUAUGCCCUGUAUGUACCUAGCACACAGUGGCUCCUGAUUUUUCCAGUUUUCUUACCUGUUGCUGUAUCAUGAAGAAUAACUAAAAUUGCUAUACAUGGUGAGGGCAGUCACAAAAGUUAAUAGUUGGUGAACAAUAAAAGAGAGCUGGCCACGUUGAAAUCAUGUUGAUUACAAAGGGCAGUGUCACAAAUGGACUAGGUGGUCUAGGACUUUUUAAUUCGUGAAUUUGACAACCCUGACAACCCACUCAAUGGCCAGUUUUCAUAUCUUUUUCAAUAACGUACACUGUUAUCUAGGUAUGGCUGCUGAUAAUCAUUUCUCAUUACUUCCAUUGUUUCUUGUUUUCUUAUACACUACUCCAUGACAUAAAGACGCUGUCCACAAGUUUCCCACCAAAAUACUAGUGUCAAUGGCCAAAGAUGACAGAUGAGUACUACAUCAAAACACACUAUAAUUUGAGGGAGGGACACCAUGUGAGGAAAACUUUCACAAACCCACACAAUGCCCAAUAGCUUCAGUAACCUUAAUAUAUCCACUGUAUUUGGUUAGAAUGUAUAUGAUGAAGUGUUUUUAUUGUUUCAACUACCAUAGGAUUGUAUAAAAUGAU